AUUAUGUGCCGGUAAAUUUGGACGAAGGUGCUCUCUGGAUGCUCAAGGGCGUUGAAAUUAUGGCCCAUUAUGGCUAUUCCAACGGCGUCAAGUGCGAUACGGUGCGAAAUGUCACUCCAGCAAAAGGAUCCUCCCUGACCGAGCAGAGAGAAAAGAGUCCUGCCCAGGGCACAGAAAGUGUCGAUCGGAACGUUGCCGUGGAGCGAUGCCCUUACAACAGAGGAGUGUUUCCGCCACUCGUCUCCUUCGACAAAGAAGAUGUUAUGUCGGCCGGUGAAACGCCAAAAGAGCAUAUCUUCAUUAGUCUGUUCCUUGCGGAUAGAUUUAUUUUCUAUGAGUUCCUUGGCGAAUUUGGUAUGGUAAUGACAUGGAAAUACCAGGAUCGAAGCGCCCAUACGACGACUAUCCCAGUGCGGCAGGACCGAGCAGACGAAAGCUCAAGAUCAGUGGGGGCAAAGGGACCUGGGGAAUAUGUCGCAAACGAGAGGGACAACGGAAUAGAUGGCUGUAUAGGUAGGAGAAUCGAGCAGCUAACAACCGCGAUGGAAAUAUUGAUGCCAUGA